AUGUCCACGGCGGCACCUAUCUCCGCUGAGGGCAGCACUGUGAAGUUCUCCGAAGAGGACAGCAAGGAUGACGACGCCCAGGACUCCACGCUGAAGAUAUCCAUUCCGAAGGUUCCAUUUGCAGAGCGCAUCGACGAAGAGUCUUCGCCUCGCGAUGUGGUCAGCCUUGCAGCAGGUUCUGAGCCUGGAGACGAGGACGCCGCCGACGCCGACGACAUCCGCAACGAUCCAAUGCGCGACCUUUUAGGCUUAAACGCCGGGAUAGAUGCCAUGGGGCUGGAGGAGCACCUCGUGGAUCAGGAGCAGCAGCUUCAAAACCUGCAGGAACAGCUGGCAGACCUGAUGCAGGGCUCUGCCCUUGGGGCCUCUACACUGACGGAGCUCCUGCAGCAGCAGCUAGAGUGCCUGGCACAAGGUGUUUUUUGCUUAGGCAAGAUCUGUCUGAGACCCCAUAGGGGGGGCCCUGCCACAAGCACUGUCUUGCGGCAAGACAACACGGGGGAAGUGCUUGGUCAUUUACGUUCAGUCAUGCAUUGGAUCACGCACCGGCAGCGGCCAUCCGAGUGGGAGCCCACAGCCCUCGCGACCAUUGCGCUACAGUCUACUCGUAUCCCGGACCACGAUGUCACCUACAGCCCUCCACGCCCCACGAGGGUGAAGGAAAGCCAGCCAAUGCCUUCGUUGCGACGUGGCAAAGCGACCCCGCGGGAGGUGAGCCCAGGUGAGCGCCGGCCGUUCGCAUCGGGUGGCCCCGGUUGGCGACAGCGUGGCCUACCUGCCAACUGCAGCUAUGACGAUGUGAAAAGGCCAAGCACCACCGGAGCCAUCAUGGUUGCUUCGAAACCAAUGGAUGGUCGGCCCCUGGUAGUUACACCUGGUGUAUGCGUGACAAGCAACGGCGCCGCACAUACUUCAGAAGCUGCAGAAGCUUACGAAAGACCAUCACGGGACCACUCUGUCGACGACGUUGUAUCACUGCCUCCUCUUCCGGAGUCCAACCACUCCAACGAUUCGGCCGUCUCGGCCAAGUCUCGUGAAAGCCGGCGUCGUCCUGGCAUGUAG